CUGGUUUUUAACUCUCCCUCCGCGCUCUCCGCCUCAAACCAUGGCCCGUCGGCUGCGGGUUCAUUUUGGCUCCGGCCGAAGCCCCGCGGCCCCCGAGUCGGAGCUCCUCGAGCGGGAGGACGACUUUUGGCUGCCGCGGAACGCCUGCGACCCGAAGAGGAGCACGGCCAUGUUCAUCCCGCAGCUGCUGGGCGGCGCCGAGGCCCGGCCCACGCGCAGCUCCUCCGUGCAGAUCUCGCUCCAGCGCAAGGGCGGCGACGACGCCGGGCCUUCCGAACCCUCGGCCCCCGGCGAGCGCUGCUGCGCCGCCCCGCCGCAGAACCACCCUGCCGCCCCAGGCAGCCCGCGGGGGACCCCCAAAAACUCAAAUGGAACCAUUUGCCAUAAUCACCGAGUGUUUUGUGCCGUCCCCUCCAAGGAGGAGGCGGACGAGGCGCCGUCAGGUCGGAACGUCAGCGGGGUGAGGAUCCAGCAUCGGGCUUCCAGCGCGGAUGUGCCUCAAGUGACUCUGCUUCCCUUGGGCUCGGAGGCUCCGAGUAACGCCGAGCCCCGGCGCUGGUCCUUGCAGCACGUGCCGGAUCCGGCGGCGAAUUCGGGGAAGAAGCUCUUUGUUCUCCAGUUACAGCAGCCGCCGAGCGGAGCAGGCGCGGGGGGCGGGGGUGACUUCGGGUUUACCGGCACAAAGGGGGACAGACUGGUCAGGUACCCCCGGAUACGGCUGGAAAGGAGCACUUCCUACCCCGUGCAGCCGCCGGCAGAAGGAAUCGGCCCCCCGGCUGACGGGCCGGGCUCGGAGCCGCCCGGGGCCGGCAGGAGCAGGUCAGAGAUACCGGGCAGCGACUCGGUGGAGCGGAUUCCUCAAGGGCAGGGCUGCUUGUUUAAAAUCAGGCCGGAGCAGAACACGAGGCAGCAGCGCUUCAGGAUUCUUGUCACCCGCGGGCCCGAGGAGCAGAGUCAGGGGGUCGGCGCCGACGCUCCCGGCGCCGCGGUAAGUCCCGGUGUGCCGUGCCCGGCAGAGCCGGUGCUGGAACGUUCUGCCUUUGUCAGGACCGAGCCCGAGUGGUCUCUGUUUCUGAUCUAACACAGCUUUGCUCAGCUGUGGUUCCAUCCAGCGCGGUAUUUUCGGGCCCCGCCGUCACGCGUUUCCCGGCUCGGCGUUACGUCAGCCGGAA